AUGCCAAUAUAUUCAACAUUACUUAAAAAUUUUGAAAGAUUAAGUACACAUGAUUUAUUAUCCUAUGGACAACUUUCAUGUGAUACUAUAUUAACAUCAAUUCAUAAACAAUUAUCAAAUUUAUAUGAUCUAUAUGAUGAAUAUUUUCGUACAUUAAAUGAUGUCAUUAAUAAGCUAGGUGAAUUAUUUAUAAAUGAACAUGUUAAUAAAGAACAAGAAAUGAUUGAUCGAUUAUCAAUAAUAUCAUCAUCAGAUAGUAUUUUUAUUGAACCUGUUGAAGAAUUAUGUAAACAUAUUAAACAACCAUCUACAUUACCAUUGUUACUUGCACAUAUUGGUUUAUCAGAUCGUUUAAUGCAUAAAAUGAUUUUAGAAUUUGCUGCAUCAAUACAACACUUAUAUUCUCAAAUAGUUGCAUAUACAAUUCCUGCUGUUUUUUGUGGUUUAAUUAAUGCACAUUAUUUAGCUAAAGUUAAUAAAUGGACUUUCUUAUUAAUGAAUAGUAUUGCACAAAGAAAAUCAAUACGUAUGGCUAUAUGGGGACUAAAUUGUCUUAUGUUAAGUACAUGUCCAUCACAUAAAACUACUAAUACAUUUAUUAUAAAACGUAUAAGAAAGCUUUUAACGAAUAUUGAACAAGUAUUCACAAAUCAAUUGAAUACAGAAAAAUUACAGGCUGAUUUACUUGCAGCUAUUCAAGAUACGAUAUUAUCAUCAUCUUGA